AUGGGGCAGUUGUUGAACUCGAGAGUGUUGAGAGUGGAGAGGGAUUUGAGGGCAGUGAGAGAUAAAGCUACAUCAUCUGAACAGUUGGAGAGUGUGAGAGAGGAGGUGGCGGAAGGGCUUGGAGGAGUUACAGGCGGCGGUUGUGGAGGUGAGAUUUGGGGGUUCCAGCUCGUACUCAGUGAACUCCAAGAGUUGAAGAAGAAACAAAAGCUGGUUGUUUUUAAUAAGGAAAAUCUUAGGAAAGAUUUGGAGGAAGCUGAAAAGGAUAUUUCUUUCUUUCAAAAAACAGUUGGAAGGAAUAGACAAGAAGAAACACGAACUCUAUGCGUAAUGUCUCGAUCUUAG